AUGCAGAAUCAGAGAUUGAAGCAGCAGGCUAUGCUCCAGCAACAGUCGCUUUACCACCCCGGUCUCUUACCAGCCCCACAGAUUGAGCCUUUUCCAAGUGGGAAUCUUCCUCCUGGAUUUGAUCCAAAUACAUGCCGCAGUGUGUAUGUGGGAAAUGUUCACAUUCAGGUGACUGAGCCACUGCUUCAAGAAGUUUUUGUCCGUACUGGUCCUGUGGAGGCCUGCAAGCUUAUAAGGAAAGAGAAGUCGUCCUAUGGAUUUAUUCAUUACUUUGACCGCAGAUCAGCUGCACUCGCGAUAUUGACCCUCAAUGGAAGACAUUUGUUUGGCCAACCAAUCAAAGUUAACUGGGCUUAUGCCAGUGGUCAUAGGGAGGACACAUCAGGUCACUUUAACAUCUUUGUUGGAGAUCUCGGCCCAGAGGUUACUGAUGCCAUGUUGUUUACUUGCUUCUCAGUGUAUUCUAGUUGCUCUGAUGCAAGGGUUAUGUGGGAUCAAAAGACUGGACGUUCUAGGGGGUUUGGAUUUGUGUCUUUCCGGAACCAGCAGGAAGCUCAAAGUGCAAUAAAUGAUUUAACCGGGAAAUGGCUUGGCAGCAGACCGAUUCGGUGCAACUGGGCCGCGAAAGGUGCUGGAUCCAAUGAUGAACAGGCCAAUUCAGAUUCUAAAAGUGUCGUAGAGCUUACAAAUGGCUCCUCGGAUGAUGUUAAAGAGGCUGCUGGUAUUGAUGCUCUUGAGAAUAACCCUCAAUUCACCACCGUGUAUGUUGGUAAUCUUGCUCCAGAGGUGACCCAGGCUGACCUUCAUCGCCAUUUCCACGCAUUUGGUGCCGGAUCAAUUGAGGAAGUUAGAGUUCAACGUGACAAAGGGUUUGGUUUCGUGAGGUACAGCACUCAUGCAGAGGCUGCUAUGGCUAUUUCAAUUGGAAAUACUCAGUCGUACCUUUAUGGCAAACCGAUCAAGUGUUUGUGGGGAAACAAGCCAACUCCACCUGGAACAACCUCAAACCCGCUCCCCCCACCGGCACCGGCUCCGGCUCCAGCUCCAGCUCCGGCUCCGGCGACCUUACCGAGGCUUUCGGCCGCCGGCCUUUUGGUUUACGAGCGGCAAGUCGCGAUGAGCAAGAUGGGUGGGGCCCACCACCACCUUAUGCACCCACAUGUACAACAUACUCUGAAGCAGGCAUCCAUGGGGGUUUACGAUGCAGGUUUCCAGAAUGUAGCUGCUGCCCAGCAGUUCAUGUAUUAUCAGUAA